AAAUUAAUACACUCAUAUGCUCACACACACACACAUGCACAAACGAUCAGAGAAAUGUACAUUCUUUUGGGAAAAUCAUUUCAAUUUUUCAUUGAUCAUACCUAUAAAACUCAUUUUCGAUCGAUUAAAAAUUAUUAAUCUGAUCAGAAAAAUAAAAUGGAUGUGAAUAAUCGGAGGGCUUUGGCUCGGGCCCGGGCUCGGGUUCGGGCUGGAGCUAAGGUGGUUGAUUCGACCGCUGGAGCCAUUGAAUCUGCUUAUUGGUGGCAACAACUAUCGUCAAAAUAUCAUCACCAACGUGUAAAGUUUCUUUUUUUGUUUUUUUGUUAAAGAAUGCAGUUCUUACGGGGGCGAUUUCCAGUCUAUAGACAAGAAGAAGUACGAGAGCUUAACAACAUUGCGCUGAGUUUUGAGGAACAUAUCUAUUGGUCUGCUACAAGUCAGCAAGAUUAUGUGCAGAAAAUACAUUUAAAGAUGCUGGAUUUGACGCCAAAUUUUCAAAAUCCUAUGACCAAUUAUUUAUACAUCAAUGCUGCAAAUAGUGGUCAGAAUGCCCAUGGUCCAGAGAUGACGAUGGGAGCUACUUCUUAUGAAUAUACUUCGGGGCCGGAGGAGAGUGACGAGAAGCAGGCAGCGGAAGAGGAUGCUGGGGACAUGUCAAAGGAGGAUGUUGAAGAGGAGGUGGUGGUUAUGAAGGAGCAAAAUUAUGUUGUUGGACACAGAGAGAAUGUUAGAGUUGGGGAAAAUGAGGUCUCUUGUGGAUUGAGUGUUGGUGCUAAACUUGAUGAGCGUUUAGUGUAAGUUGAGGAACGAUUAGAGAAGACGGAGGCUCAUUCAGAGAAAAUAGAGACAACGUUGGUUGAUAUUAACGAAAAAUUGAACAAUUUAGUGAAGAUGCAGGAUGCUAAAGUUUCUAGGGACAUUAGACGUCCAACUAAGUACAUGAGCUCCUCUUGGACUGGUAAUGGCCGAUCGAAGAGGAAACAUAGAGUAGCCGAGAUGAUAAGGCAGUCGUGCAAGCAUCGACGAUUGGGAAGAGUUGAUAAGACAGUAGUUCAUCCAGUUGCUUCUCAUGAUGAUUGUGUCGAAAAUGACCAAAGAAAACUAGAUGAUGAAGAACCAACAAUUUGAUGAUAGUUAUGUUUUUUCUUCUUUCUAGACUCUCAAAGUUGUUAUGACUAGCACAAUUUGUAGUAUAUAAUGUUUUUCUAAAUGAUCUCUUUUGCAUUGUCAAA